AUGUCUUGCAGAGAGAGCACCGGCGUGCCUGCCGCCGGUGUAAGUCCUGCCGCUGCGGCGGCCGCCGGUGCUGCUGCUGCUGCUGCUGCUUCUGCUUCUGCCGGUGCUGCUGCUGCUGCUUCUGCUUCUGCCGGUGCUGCUGCUGCCGCCGCUCCUCCUGGUGCUGCAGGCAGCGCGGGCAGCCUACCCCCAGUGGCAGCGUCGGCACCGCGGCUGAGCCCACCGGACGAUGGGUACCACUGGCACAAGUACGGACAGAAGUGCCUCAUGGAACGAGAAUACGCCAGGGCGUAUUUUCGCUGUGCCAAAUACACAAUCGGCUGCACCGCGAAGAAAACAAUCGACAUUCCACUCGUGCGAGCAGCCAUUUCGGGGGGUCUGAGAAUAGUCUACUCGGGAAGGCACUGCCACCCUCCCGCGCGCAACAUCCCCUUCCCGCCCGUUGCUGAAGAGGAAACGCGUGGAACUGAUUUACAUACUUCUGAUGUGCAAAGGCAGGGGAGUGGAGGGAAAACGAUCCGAAGGUUUAAGGUGGCUGCUGCAGGGAGACGUGAAGAGGGGGGAGGAAGAGAAGGCGAGAGAGGAGGGACGGAAAGAGAGGAGGUGGAGGGUAGGGAGAGGAUGGAGAGCGAGGGGGUGGAUGGGCGAGAGGACAGGAUGAAGGGUGAGAGAGAGGAGGGAGGUGGAGGAGAUGAGGGAAGGGUGGGUGGUGGGAGGAAAGAGAGGAGCGAGGAUGGUGUGGAAGGCGAUGGGAGUGAGGAUUGUGGGAGGAGUGAGAGGAUUGGGAGGAGUGAGAGUAGUGGUAGGAGUGAGAGUAGUGGGAGGAGCGAGAGUAGUGGGAGGAGUGAGAGUAGUGGGAGGUGCGAGAUUGGUGGGGGGUGUGGGAGUGGUGAGCGUGGUGGGAGGAGGGAGAGUGGUGGAGGGAGGGAGAGUGGUGCAGGAAGGGAGAGUGGUGCAGGGAGGGAGAGUGGUGCAGGGAGGGAGAGUGGUGCAGGGAGGGAGAGUGGUGCAGGGAGGGAGAGUGGUGCAGGGAGGGAGAGUGGUGCAGGGAGGGAGAGUGGUGCAGGGAGGGAGAGUGGUGCAGGGAGGGAGAGUGGUGCAGGGAGGGAGAGUGGUGCAGGGAGGGAGAGUGCGGACGUGGAAGAGAGUGAGAAGGAUGAAGAGAUGAGAGCAGCUAAGGAAAAGGGCGGAGCCAUGCACAGAGGCGGACGCAUGGGAAAGAGUGGAAGCAUGAGGGGGGGUGGAGGCAUGGGGGAGGGCGGAGGCAUGGGGGAGGGCGGAGGUAUGGGGGAGGGCGGAGGCAUGGGGGAGGGCGGAGGUAUGGGGGAGGGCGGAGCUAUGCAUAGGGGCCAAGUCAUGGGGGAGGGCGGAGAAGCGGGCGGGUAUUGGGCAAUGGAGGAUGGUGAAUCAGCACACGGGCUGGCAGGGAUGGAUGGAGGUAGAGAAAUGGGAGGAGGUGGAGGGAUGAGAGAAGGUGGAGGGGAGAUGAAGGAAGAAGAGGAUGGAGAUUUUGCAAGGCGGGGAGUUGAGAGGGGAGGAGGAGUGGGGCGAGGGAGAGAGGGGAGGGGAGUGGGGCGGGAGUGUGAAGGGGGGAAAGUGAGGCGGCGGAGUGAGGGGGAGGGAGUGGGAAGAGUGGGAAGAGAGGGAAGAGAGGUACAGCAGCGACAGCAGCAAGAGGUACAGCCGGGCGCGAGGUGA